AUGGCCUUUCAGCUAGAAAACGUUUCCGACUUCAUCGCUGUCAAUGAAUUGGCUUUGCCUGCCAUUGUUGGGCUCGAUGGAUGGCAUAAACCAAAGCUUCAGCCGCUUUUGGUCAGCCUGAGAAUUAAAACAUCCGUUGGUCUGGCCGGAUCCACAGAUCAUUUGAUUCACUCCAUCAACUAUGGUACUGUGUGCAAGAAAGCCCUGGAAAUUGUCCAAAAAACCCAGUUCGUAUCUCUUGAGCACCUUGCGGAGACCCUCGCUGCAAAGGUUCUCGGAGAUGAACUUCGAGGCCAAUGGGUGUAUAUCAAAGUCGAGCAGCCGAAAACUCUUUUGAGAGCCGACUCUGCCGCCCUGGAAAUAGUCCGGAGAAAAGAUGGAGUUCAAGAAACUCAAGACAAAGUCUACAUCAAGAACCUAAGAAUUGCCACGAUUAUUGGCAUAAACGAUUGCGAGAGACUUGAAAGACAGCAGGUUAUUGUAAGCUUGACACUCUACAAACCCUCGGCGCAGAUCGAAUCAGCCAAAACCAAUGGCCACGUACAAGAAAAGUCUUUUGUGCCUGUCUAUGACGCUAAAAAGAUUUCGGACGCUGUUGUCAACUUUGUCGAGGCCUCGGACUAUGGAACCAUCGAGGCUUUGGUGACGGGUAUUGCACGAGUUGCGUGUAUCGACUGUGGUGUCGAAUCUAUCACCGUUCGUGCCGAAAAACCAAGUGCUCUCGCACUUGCCCGGUCCUCGGAAGUCGAGGUUACUAGACACAAAUCCUACUUUGCAGCUUCCACCGUAUCCGGUGAGGAAUCCGGUGGUGAAUAUAGAACUGCAUUCAUUGCAUUCGGGUCAAAUCUUGGAGACAAGUUUGUCUUAAUACGAGACGCCUUGGCCGAGCUGAAUAGGCGUGGUAUUAGGGUGAUCAGAACGUCUUCUCUCUACGAAAGCAAACCAAUGUACGUCGAAGAUCAAGAUUUGUUCUUAAAUGGAGUAUGCCAGGUUCAAACAAAACUAGCCCCUAUGGAACUUUUACGGGAACUCCAAGCUAUAGAAAACCAUUUCGGCAGGGUCAAGCUUAUCGACAAGGGACCCCGAAAUAUCGACUUAGACAUCCUACUAUAUGGCACACAGGUGGUCAACGAACCAGACCUUAUAAUUCCUCAUGCAUCCAUGCUUGAACGGGAGUUCGUCCUCAGGCCGCUAUGUGAUAUCGCAGCGGACCUACCGCAUCCGCAAACUUCGACUACGUUCGCUUCUCACUUGUCAUCCCUUCCUGGAGAAUCGACGGUCUAUCCUCGAGUUCUGUUAUCCCCAUCAAUCCCAUCCCUCCAACCGACCAGCGAAACUCGUCCUACUCACGUAAUGGCCAUCAUAAAUCUCACGCCAGACUCAUUCUCUGAUGGUGGAAUACAUACCACCCCUAACGUCGAGGAUACCGUUUCUAAAGCAGUAAAAGCUGGUGUCUCAAUCGUAGACCUCGGCGGCAUGUCCACUCGACCGAAUGCAGCUGAAAUUUCAGAAGCCGAGGAGAUCAAUCGGGUGAUACCCGCGAUCAAGGCUAUUAGAUCAUCUAGCGAUCCAGCUGUCAAGAAGGUCACUAUAUCAAUCGAUACUUUCAGGGCGUCUGUUGCUAGAGAAGCGGUAAACGCAGGUGCGGAUAUUAUCAAUGAUAUCUCAGGCGGUGUGCUCGACCCCGAAAUGAUCAAAACAGCCAUCGAACUCGACGUUCCAAUCAUGUUGAUGCACAUGCGAGGGACACCGCAGACGAUGGGUUCGCAAGCAAAUUAUCCAGAUGGAGUUAUCGAAACUGUUGGAAGGGAACUCGAAGAGAGACUUGAUGCUGCCCUAAAAGCAGGUGUCAAGCGCUGGAAGAUUAUUCUCGACCCCGGGUUAGGAUUCGCGAAGACUACGGAGCAUAAUUUAGAGAUACUUAGAAAUUUUGCCAAGUUAAGGGCGAGGAAGGGACUUGUCGGCAUCCCUUGGCUGAUAGGCCCCAGCAGGAAAAAGUUUAUCGGGGAGAUAACUGGGGUUCCUGAUGCUUCUCAGAGACAAUGGGGAACCGGCGCUGCUGUGACAGCAUCCGUAGCUGGAGGGGUAGACAUAAUCAGGGUUCAUGACAUCGAUGAAAUGACCAAAGUCGCAAAGAUGGCAGACGCAAUUUGGAGGAAUUAG